CGAAAGCAGCGUACCCAACAGUCACGUUCGUUUACGAGUUUUAUCCUACCAAAGGAAGAUGGUUGGCCAGUUCCAUUUUAUUAUGGUGCCUGUGGCAGGCUCAUAAUAGAAGAAUAUGCUGGAGAAACAUUAACAACAUAUUACACAAAACCGUGGUUAGAAAGGGCAAAACUUGCUCAAAAGCUUCUUGUUGCUGCCAAGAAGUUAACAAAUGACCACCUAGGUUUCAGAUUUUAUCUGACAGAUGUCUCACCUGACAACAUUGCAGUAGAUGCCAGUGGUAGUGUAUACUUCAUUGACUUGGAAGAUGUGAUCAUUGUGGACAGGAAUAUUCCAGACCAUGAAAAGCCAGUUUCUUGGACAUCUCAACAUGUGAGUGAACUGUAUGAAUGCGCAAGUUGUUUCACUUUUUCACGGAGUGAAAUUUGCAACCAUCAUAUCAGUGAUCAUAAUUUGUAUGCUGUUUGCCAGCAUUUGCUAUCACCAAAAGCAGUGCCUGGUAUAAUGCCAGGAGGACUUCUCCACAGCACUCCACAUCUUGUGUUAGAGAAUUAUCCAGACCUCCCAUUGAUUCUGACUCAGUGUGGAGAAUCAGCAGCACCAUUUGGGAGAUUUAAAGCAGCAAAUCAACUGUUGCAUCUACUUGCUAACAUUACAGAAACUCACAAAACUAUAAAUCGGGAAUUGAACCCAGAUGCUCUGCCUCUCUAGAAUGGUUGCCUUAACUGCCUCAGCCAUCUGGAAACUCUCCAGCCACCGCAGAGUUGCAACUCGUCAUGCAACAAAGAAGACAUGAACAUCCCCACUGUGAUAAGUUUUCCCACAAUGGGAAAGGAGUGUUGUAACCCUAUAUAGUGAGUGCACAUGUACCUCUCUCUCGGAGCAUGUGACACCACAUUCAUAUAUGUGUAACAUGUUUGAGUAAUUGGUUUGUUUUUACUUUCUUUUUAUAAGGGACAGAACCUUUACUCUGUUGUAAAUGAUUUAAUGGCAUGUACUCUGUACUGAAAUGUAACCAAUUUCGUAGUUGUUUGAUACUAUGAAUUGCAGUAAACAGAACUUGUAAAGUAUUUAAAUGAAUGAAUAGGUAUAAAUGUAAUGCUAUUGCAGUCAAAUCUAAGGAAAGUUGUUUUCUUAAUAUAUAUUUUACAUUUAAAGAUUUGUUGUCUUCUACUUUGAUAUAGAGUACCUGCACAUCUAGUGCAACGAGUAGAGAAAGUGAGGCACCACCUAGUUAUGCCUGUAUAAUUCAAUGUUAUUUUCCUUACACAUAAUAUGACAAUGUAUGUUGCAUAUGCUUUGUUUUCCAAAUGCUGCCUUUGAUGUGUAGAUGUGAAAUACAUAUAUUUUGAUUUGUACUUCACAUCAUAUAUAAAUAGAACUGGUGAACUUUUUAUCCAUAUUAAAACAGUGUUUGUCUACUA